AUGUACCCUGAGAUAUGCCAAGCUACUGAGAGGAGGCUUGUGCGGAAACUCAAUUUCCGCCUGCUGCCAACUCUUGUAAUUAUCUUCAUUAUAAAGUACAUGGAUUCUAAAGUCAGACCUGGGUCUAUCAAAGUAUACUCGAAAAAGCAUUGCGGGAUGGAUAUGAAGAUACAGGCUCCAUUACAAUAUUCUAAGUCAUGUGACCACUUCCUGAUCAUUUGGAUAUUAAUGUCGCUUUUCUUGACGCCAGGAGAACGCCGAUUGGCACAGGCGCAUCUUGCAGAGGAUGCAGGCGAAGCCGAUCAAUAUUCUGCGGAAGUUUCGGUAUUCGAUCAAGAUGGCCAUGAAAGAUAUCAAGGUUCCACCAGACCAAAAGCCCACCUGAAUAGAUUCAUGGAGGGCCUCAGUCUUAUGAGCACCCUCGGGAUAUUUGACGACUUUUCUAAUGUCUGCGCAAGUUGCUCGUGA